UGUGUGUAUUCGUUUAAUGUGUAUUUAAGUGCUUAUAUAAUAACAAUAUGUAAUCAAAACGAAUGUGCAGUUCUGCGAUAUACACGCAGCAUGAGCAGAGCAGCCGGCACAAGCCUAGAUCAGAACAUAUGGUGCAUGCGAAUAUGUUGGCAUUGGGCAAGACUUAAGCCCAACAGUCGGCCCAAAAUGGCGCCUGCUGCUGGACGUAGCGUAGGGCAUACGCAGUCGGUGAUAUGCGAAUAGCGUGAUGUUGGGUUCUUAGCACGCAGCAGAAACAGGAAGAAGAAUACCCAAACGCAGACAAACUGAAACAGCGAAAGCGACAGAAAGCCCCAAAAAAAACCCAACGAGAUGCAUACGAGUUCGAGCUCCAGCUCGAGUGCGAGUUCUGUGAACUCCAACAACAACAACAACAACAAGAGCAGCAGCAGCAGCAGCAGCAAAGCAAACACAAGCCGGCGUGCCACGCCCAGAACGCCCCAAAAAGAUUAUACAAUGUUUCACAGAUGCCGGCGACGCAACCGGCACAGCUCAAGGUCAAGUUUACCCGCCAACAACAGCAGCAGCAACAACAAGAAGAACAACACGAGCUGGACGCUGCUUUGGCUGCUCCUAGUCUCCUGCAGCCAACUGUUUGGGUGCAGUGCAGCGGGUAGCGCGGGGGAAAAGCAGCAGCACGAACGUCGUCUGGAGGUCUUUGAGGGCGUGCCCAUUGGCCAUCAGAUUGGUUAUAUCGGUGACUUUGACAGCAUUGACAGCGGUCCGCCCUACAUCAUAGUCGCCAAUCCCGGCGUCGAAUCGGAUCUGGCCAUUGAUCACAUCUCGGGCGAAAUACGCACCAAGGUACGGCUGGACAGGGAGACCCGCGCCUCCUAUGGCCUGGUGGCCAUACCCAUGAGUGGCCUAAAUGUGCGCGUUGUGGUCGACGUGCGGGAUGAGAACGACAAUGCGCCCACGUUUCCACAGCCCGCCAUGCACAUCGAGUUCCCCGAGAAUACGCCGCGCGAGGUGAAGCGUACGCUGCUCCCCGCGCGAGAUUUGGAUUUGGAGCCGUACAAUACGCAAAGGUAUAAUAUUGUGUCCGGCAAUGUGAACGAUGCCUUUCGCCUGUCCUCGCAUCGGGAACGGGACGGCGUGCUCUACCUCGAUCUGCAGAUCAGCGGUUUCUUGGACAGGGAAACAACGCCUGCGUAUAGCCUGCUGAUAGAAGCUCUGGAUGGCGGCACGCCGCCGUUGCGUGGCCUCAUGACCGUCAACAUAACCAUCCAGGACGUGAACGACAAUCAGCCGAUUUUCAAUCAGAGUCGGUAUUUUGCCACGGUGCCAGAGAACGCGACCGUGGGCACGAGUGUGCUGCAGGUUUAUGCCUCCGAUACGGAUGCGGAUGAGAAUGGACUCGUGGAGUAUGCGAUCAAUCGCAGGCAGAGCGACAAGGAGCAAAUGUUUCGCAUUGAUGCGCGCACGGGCGCUGUGUACAUCAACAAGCCGCUGGACUUUGAGACCAAGGAGCUGCACGAGCUGGUCGUCGUGGCCAAGGAUCACGGCGAACAGCCGCUGGAAACGACAGCCUUUGUGUCCAUACGCGUGACGGAUGUCAAUGACAAUCAGCCCACUAUAAAUGUUAUAUUUCUCAGCGAGGAUGCCUCGCCCAAGAUCUCGGAGUCGGCACAGCCGGGCGAGUUCGUGGCACGCAUUUCCGUGCAUGACCCAGACUCCAAGACGGAGUACGCCAACGUGAAUGUCUCGCUGAAAGGCGGCGAUGGCCACUUCGCAUUGACUACGCGCGACAAUAGCAUCUACUUGGUCAUAGUCAAUCUGCCGCUGGAUCGCGAGGCGACCUCCAAUUACACGCUGAGCGUGGUGGCCACGGACAAGGGCACGCCGCCGUUGCAUGCCACCAAGUCGAUCUUCCUGCGCGUCACCGACGUCAACGACAAUGCGCCCGAGUUCGAGCAGGACGUGUACCAUGCGAAUGUCAUGGAGGUGGCCGAUCCGGGCACCUCGGUGCUGCAGGUGCUGGCCCGCGAUCGGGACGAGGGCAACAAUGCGGCACUGAGCUACGCCCUGGCGGAUACGCCCGACACGCAUGCUCAAUGGUUUCAGAUUGAUGCCCAGACCGGGCUGAUUACCACCCGUUCGCACAUCGACUGCGAGACGGAGCCGGUGCCACAGCUGACGGUCAUCGCACGGGACGGCGGCCAGCCGCCGCUCAGCUCGACGGCCACGGUGCUGGUCACCAUACACGAUGUCAACGAUAACGAACCGAUCUUCGAUCAGAGCUUCUACAACGUGUCCGUCGCCGAGAACGAGCCCGUGGGCAGGUGUAUACUCAAGGUCUCGGCCAGCGAUCCGGAUUGCGGCGUCAAUGCCAUGGUCAACUAUACGCUCGGCGAGGGCUUCAAGCAUCUGACCGAGUUCGAGGUGCGCUCCGCCUCGGGCGAGAUUUGCAUUGCCGGCGAACUGGACUACGAGCGACGCAACAGCUACGAGUUUCCCGUGCUGGCCACCGAUCGCGGCGGCCUGAGCACCACGGCCAUGAUCAAGCUCCAGCUGACGGAUGUCAACGAUAAUCGACCCGUGUUCUAUCCGCGCGAAUAUAAUGUGUCGCUGCGUGAGUCUGGGCCGGCACAGGCCAGCGGCACGCCCAUGCCCAUUGUGGCCGUGGUGGCCACGGAUCCGGAUGCGGGCAGCUUUGGCCAGGUGUCGUAUCGCAUUGUGGCCGGCAACGAGGCGGGCAUCUUUCGCAUCGAUCGCGCCAGCGGCGAGAUAUUCGUCAUACGGCCGGACAUGCUCUCGGUGCGCACCCAGGCGAUGCACAUGCUCAACAUCUCGGCCACAGACGGCGGCGGUCUGCGCACUAGCACCGAUGCCGUCGUCUUUCUCAGCAUCAUCGAUGCCCAGCAACGGCCGCCGAUCUUCGAGAAGGCGCGCUACAACUACUACGUGAAGGAGGAUGUGCCACGCGGCACAGUCGUCGGCUCCGUGAUAGCCACCAGCAGUGACACGGCUCAACGCAGUCCGGUGCGCUACUCGAUAUACUCGGGCGACCCGGAUGGCUACUUUAGCAUUGAGCCAGCCUCGGGCAAUAUACGGAUUGCCCAUUCGCUGGACCAUGAGGCGAAGGCGCAGGUUCUGCUCAACAUACAGGCGACCAGCGGGGAGCCGCCCGUCUAUGGCCACACGCAGGUGAACAUCGAGGUGGAGGAUGUCAAUGACAAUGCGCCCGAGUUCGAGACGAGCAUGGUGCGCAUUUCGGUGCCCGAGAAUGCCGAGCUGGGCGCACCGCUGUUUGCGGCCCAUGCCCACGAUAAGGACUCGGGCAGCAGCGGCCAGGUGACCUACAGCCUCAAGGGCAAUGCCACCCAGCAGCAUGGCAAGGCGCUGGCCACCGGCUCCACGCCGCUUUUCGCUAUCGAUGCACGCUCGGGCCACCUGGUGCUAUCACGGCAUCUCGACUACGAGACGGCGCAGCGGCACUCGUUAAUAGUGACGGCCACCGAUGCCGGAUUGCCGCCUCUCUCGGCGGAUCUCACGAUACUCGUCGAUGUCCAGGACGUCAAUGACAAUCCGCCCGUCUUUGAGCGCGACGAGUAUGCGGUGAAUGUGUCCGAAUCGCGAGCCAUCAAUGCACAGAUCAUCCAGGUGAAUGCCAGCGAUCUGGACACGGGCAACAAUGCGCGCAUCACCUACCGCAUUGUGGAUGCGGGUGCGGACAAUGCCAGCAGCCCGAGCCUGGCGAGUGUUGGCGGCCCGGAUGCCGCACUUGCCCAGCAUUUUGGCAUCUUUCCCAACUCCGGCUGGAUUUAUUUGCGCGCCGCUCUCGACAGAGAGAGCCGCGAUCGCUAUGAGCUAACCGUUCUGGCCACCGACAAUGGGACACCGGCGGCACAUGCACGAGCUCGUGUGCUCGUCCGUGUGCUCGAUGCGAACGAUAAUGAUCCGCGCUUUCAGCGUGAGAGCUACGAGUUCCGGAUUGAGGAGAAUCUGCGACGCGGCGCCGUUGUGGGCGUUGUCAGUGCCAGCGAUGCGGAUCUCGGUGAGAAUGCGGCCAUACGCUACAGCCUGCUGCCAGCGAAUUCCAGCUUUCAGGUGCAUCCCGUCACAGGUGAGAUAAGCACACGCGAGCCGCUGGAUCGGGAAAUGCGCGAACUAUACGAUCUGAUGGUGGAGGCACGGGAUCAGGGCACACCGAUGCGCAGUGCCAGGGCACCGGUGCGUGUCCAUGUGACAGAUGUGAAUGACAAUGCGCCGGAGAUAGCCGAUCCGCAGGAGGAUGUGGUUAGCGUGCGCGAGGAGCAGCCACCGGGCACCGAGGUGGUGCGCAUACGCGCGAUCGAUCGCGAUCACGGCCAGAAUGCAUCCAUCAACUAUUCGCUGCUGAAGGGUCGUGACUCGGAUGGCCACGGCCUGUUCAGCAUUGAUGCCAACACGGGCCUGAUUCGCACACGCGUCAUGCUCGACCACGAGGAGCGGAGCAUCUAUCGCCUGGCGGUGGCGGCCACCGAUGGCGGCAAUCCGCCCAAACAGACGCUGCGAAUGCUGCGCGUCGAGGUGCUCGAUCUGAAUGACAAUCGGCCAACGUUCACCAGCUCCAGUCUGGUCUUCAGGGUACGCGAGGAUGCGGUCGUUGGUCAUGUGGUUGGCUCGAUUAGUCCCAAUGAGCGCAGCGCGGAGCUGCCGCCUGUGAAUGGCAAUAGCCUGGACGAGCUGGGUGACCAGCUGUGCGUCACCUACACGCUAAAUCCGCUGAGCAAGGAUCUCAUUGAAGGCGCUUUCGACAUAGACAGGAAUACCGGCAAUCUGGUUGUGGCCCGUCAGCUCGAUCGUGAGCUGCAGUCGGAAUUUCGGCUGGAGAUACGCGCCCUGGACACCUCGGCCAGCAAUAAUCCGCAGAGCAGCGCCAUAACCGUCAAGAUCGAGGUGGCCGAUGUGAACGAUAAUGCACCCCGCUGGCCCAAAGAUCCCAUUGAGCUGGAGGUGAGCGAAUCGCUGCCGGUUGGCGCCAUUCUACACAACUUUACGGCCACCGAUGCGGACUCCGGCACCAACGGGGAGCUGCAGUAUCGUCUGCUGCGCUAUACGCCGCAACUAAACGAGAGCUUGGAGCAGGUCAGCCCACUAUUUGCCCUGGAUUCACUGACGGGCUCGCUGAGCCUGCAGGCACCGCUGGACUAUGAAUCGCUGCAGGAAUAUCUGCUCAUUGUGCAGGCUCUCGAUCAAUCCUCGAACGUCACGGAACGCCUGCAGACCUCGGUCACGGUGCGGCUGCGCAUACUGGAUGCCAAUGACAAUGCACCACAGUUUGUGGUGCCCAGCACAAGUGCAGGUGGUGCAGCCACGGUCUAUGUGAGCGAUGCCACGCGCAUUGGCGAAAUGGUCACCCACAUUGUGGCCGUAGAUCGCGAUGCCGGCGAGAACGGACGCAUCAGCUACGACAUUGUCAGCGGCAAUGGUGAGGGUCGCUUUCGCAUCAAGCCACAGUCGGGCAUCAUUGAGCUGGCCAAGACGCUGCCGCCGGCCUCCGAGCAGCUGGACAAGACCGGCCGAUUUAUGCUGACGAUCCGUGCCAGCGAUCAUGGCGCUCCGACAGCCCAGCAGACAACGCUCAGCCUGCAGCUGCUGGUGCAGGGCAGCCACAGCAAUCCGCCCAGAUUUCUGCAGGCUGUUUACCAGGCAACCAUCCUCGAGAACGUGCCCAGCGGCAGCUUUGUGCUGCAGGUGGCCGCCAAAGCCUUCCAUGGAGCGGACAACGCAAAUCUCAGCUACGAAAUACCAGCUGGGGUGGCCGCUGAUCAUUUCCAUGUGGAUUGGCAACGCGGCAUUGUGACGACACGCGGCCAAUUCGAUCGUGAGACCCAGUCACAGUAUACUCUGCCCAUAUAUGUGCGGGAUGCCAAUCGCAUGGCUGCCACGCCCACAAGCGCAAUACGGAAGCAACGAUCGUCGGAGAGCAACUCGGAGCCGGCAAGUGGACAGCACUUCGAUGUGGCCACGCUGAUCAUCAGCAUUGGCGAUGUCAAUGACAAUGCGCCCGAGUUCCGACCCGGCGCGUGCUACGGUCUAUCCGUGCCGGAGAACAGCGAAUCCUCCGUCAUUCACACGGUGGUGGCCAGCGAUCUGGACGAGGGCGCCAAUGCGGAGAUCGUUUAUAGCAUUAUUGGUGGGAAUCUGGGCAACAAGUUUAGCAUUGAUGCACGCACGGGCGAGCUGAGCGCCCGCUCCUUGGAUCGUGAGCAACACGCUCGCUACACGCUGCAGCUGCAGGCCUCGGACCGGGGUCAGCCCAUCACCCAGCAGGGUCAUUGCAAUAUCAGUGUCUUUGUCGAAGAUCAGAACGAUAAUGAGCCGCGCUUUGAGCUAUCCAAGUAUGUGGCCAGUGUGCCGGAGGAUGCGGCCAUUGGCAGUAGCGUGUUGAGCAUUAAGGCCAGCGAUGCGGAUCUGGGUGUUAACUCCAGACUGGUCUACUCCCUGGCCAAUGAGACGCAAUGGCAGUUUGCCAUCGACAGCAAAAGUGGUCUGAUUACAACUGUUGGCAAACUGGAUCGCGAGCUGCAGUCCACCUACAGCUUCAUGGUGCUGGCCACCGAUUGUGGACGCUAUGAGGUUCGUUCCGGCAGCGUUGCCGUGCAGAUCAAUGUGCUGGACAUCAACGACAACAGGCCCGUCUUUGAGCGUUAUCCCUACAGUGGGCAGGUGCCGGCGCUCAUUCAGCCCGGCCAGACGCUGCUCAAGGUGCAGGCGCACGACGCGGACCAGGGCGCCAAUGGCGAGCUGCUCUAUGCCCUGAAGGCGGACAGCACAUUGACAACGCCCGCCAUGCGCAGCAAGUUUCGCAUUAAUCCCAACACGGGCGCCCUCAGUGCCACCCAGAGCCUGGCCAGCGAGACGGGCCGUCUGCUGCAGCUGGAGGUAAUUGCGCGCGACAAGGGCAAUCCAGCGCAGAGCAGCGUGGGUCUUAUCGAGCUGCUGGUGGGUGAGCCCAACCCGGGAGCACCAGCUCUGCACUUCCAGAACGAAACGUAUCGCAGCAAGCUGCGCGAGAACUCAGCCGCGGGCACCCGGCUGCUUCAUGUGGCCGCUGUGCGCAGCGAUGGGCGCCGCCAGAAACUGAACUUCUCGUUUGGCGCGGGCAAUGAUGAGGGCAUCUUUACGCUAGAUGCAGCCACCGGUGAGAUACGUGUAGCCAAUCCUCAGCUGCUGGACUAUGAUCGCUUUGCCACGCCCACUCUGACGCCGCUUAGUCGCGGACGCGCCAUGCACUACGAGCAGACGGAGCCGGCAGAACAGUCGGAGCAGCAGCAACUGCAACAGCCGGACAAUACGAACAGUUCGCGCAGUCAACGCGCCUUGGCCCAAUCCUCGUUCGCCCUGGCUGCCACACAGCCGCACGAGCUGCGCUUGGUGCUGGUGGCACGCACCACGGAGGCACCUUUCCUGUCCAGCUAUGCGGAGCUGGUGGUUGAGCUGGAGGACGAGAACGACAAUAGUCCGCAGUUCUCGCAGCGUCAGUUCGUGGCCACCGCCUGGGAGGGCAACAGCAAGGGCACCUUCGUGGCCCAGGUGCAGGCCUUCGAUGCCGACGAGGGCGCCAAUGCCCGGCUACGAUAUCACAUUGUGGACGGCAAUCAUGACAACGCGUUUGUCAUCGAGCCCGCCUUCAGCGGCAUUGUGCGAACGAAUAUUGUGCUGGAUCGCGAAAUCCGUGAUGUCUACAGUCUGAAGAUCAUUGCCACGGACGAGGGUGUGCCCCAGAUGACGGGCACCUCAACGAUACGCGUCCACAUCGUGGACGUCAACGACAACCAGCCCACGUUUCCGCCCAACAAUGUGGUCAGCGUCAGCGAAGCCACCGAACUGGGCGCCGUGAUAGCCUCGCUAUCGGCCAACGACGUGGACACCUAUCCGACGCUGACCUAUCGCUUGGGCAGCGACUCGCCCGUGGAAAUGGAGAACCUGUCGCUGUUCGGCCUGGAUCGCUACAGCGGCAAGCUGGUGCUGAAGCGCCGCCUGGACUACGAGCUGCAGCAGGAGUACCAAUUGGAGAUCAUAGCAUCCGAUGCGGCGCACGAGGCACGCACCACGCUGACGGUGCGCGUGGCCGAUGAGAAUGACAAUGCGCCACGUUUUCUAGCCGAGCGACCACCGGCCUACUUUGCCCUGUUGCCCGCCGCAACGGAGCUGCUGGAGAGCAGCUCCUCCAUGGACGUGGAGCUGUUGUCGGUGAAUGCCACGGAUGCGGAUGCCGAGGGUCGCAACUCGCAGCUCAGCUACCACAUCGAACCACCUUUGGCCGGUUUCAGCAUACACGCCACGACGGGCGUGGUCUCUGUCAACAUGAGCCAGCUGCCGGCGGCCGUGUCCAGCAGCGGGGAUUACUUCCUCAGCAUUGUGGCACGGGAUGCGGGCAAACCUCAACUGAGCGGCAGCACGCUGCUGCGCGUGCAGCCCGGCGACAGCGGCUCGGGCCGCCAGCAGUUCCAGCAGACCCAGUACCGUGCACAGAUUAGCGAGGCGGCACCGCUGGGCGCGGUGGUGCUGCAGCUGGGACACGAUGUCCGGGAUCAGGCGUUCAGCAUAGCCGCGGGCAACGAGGAGCAGGCCUUCGAGCUGCUGCCCAACAAGGCGCUCGUGCUGGUCAAGCCGUUGGAUCGCGAGCGCAAUGAUCUCUACAAGCUGCAGCUGCAGUUGAGUCAAGCCGGAAACACGGCCAGCUCCAGCUCCAGCUCGAAUUCCAGCGCUGGCAUCACGGUCUUUGUCAGCGUGCUGGACGCCAAUGAUAAUGCGCCCAUCUUUGAUCCGAGCGCCAAGUAUGAGGCGGAGAUUAGCGAACUGGCGCCGCUGCGCUACUCGAUUGCCCAGCUGCUGGCGGUGGAUGCGGAUCAGGAGAAUACGCCCAACUCGGAGGUGGUGUACGACAUCAGUUCCGGCAACGAUGAGCACAUGUUCACCAUCGAUCUGGUCAGCGGCGUGCUGUUCGUGAACAAUCGCCUGGACUACGAUAGCGGAGCGAUCAGCUACGAGCUGAUCAUACGCGCCUGCGAUAGCCAUCAGCCGCGACCGCUGUGCAGCCUGCAGAGAUUCCAGCUGUCGCUGCACGACGAGAACGACAAUGCGCCGCAAUUUCCGCUCGGCGAGUAUGUACACUUUCUGGCCGAGAACGAGCCGCUGGGCAGCUCCGUGUUUCGCGGCCGCGCCAGCGAUCUGGAUCGCGGCGCCUUUGGCCAGCUCAACUAUAGCCUGGUGCCGGCCGCCGACGACGUCGACGACAGUUCGUGGCGUCUGUUUCGCGUCGAUGCCGUCACGGGCAUUGUCAGCUCCGCGGCGGUCUUCGACUACGAGCAGCGGCAACGCUAUCAUCUACAGCUGCGGGCCAGCGACAUGGGCGGAAGAAGUGCGCGGGUGGCGGUGCGCAUCGAGAUCGAGUCGAGGGACGAGUUCACGCCACAGUUCACGGAGCGCACAUAUCGCUUUGUGCUGCCGGCAUCCGCGGCGCUGCCGCUGGGCUUUGUCGUCGGCCAGGUGACGGCGACAGAUGCCGAUAGCGGUGCGGACGGGCGUGUGGUUUACCAAUUAAGCGCACCGCACAGUCACUUCAAGGUGAAUCGCAGCAGCGGCGCGGUCCUGAUCAAAAGGAAGCUCGACGACAGCCUCAUCGACGACGGACGCGAUAUCAGUCUGGUGAUCUCGGCCUCCUCGGGCCGCCACAACUCGCUGACCAACAUGACCGUCGUCGAGAUCGCCCUCGAUCCGUUGGCACAUCCCAACACGAAUCUGGCAUCGAUUGGCAGCGCUGGUGGUGCUGCGGCUGCCGGCGCGGGCGCAGCUGGUGCGGGCGGCUCUAGCGGCGGCGGCGGCGGUCCCAGCGAUUGGAUUGUGGCUCUGCUGGUGACGCUGUUGCUCAUUCUGUGCGCCGCCGCCGGCAUCUUUCUGUUCAUCCACAUGCGCAGUCGUCGGCCGCGCAACGCGGUCAAGCCGCAUCUCAGCAGCGAAACUGUGGGCGUGGGUAACUCCAACAGCUAUGUGGAUCCGAGUGCGUUUGACACGAUGCCCAUACGUGGUGGCGCCGGCGGCAUGACGUCGACGGGCGGCGGUGCCGGCGGUGGUGCAGUGGCCUCGGGUCAGUUUGCGCCGCCCAAAUACGAUGAAAUACCGCCGUUUGGACCGCAUGCGGGCAGCUCGGGCGCAGCGACCACAUCGGAGCUAUCCGGCUCGGAGCAGUCGGGCUCGAGUGGACGCGGCUCGGCGGAGGACGAUGGCGAGGAUGAGGAGAUACGCAUGAUCAACGAGGGGCCGUUGAGUCAUCGUGCCGGCGCCGGCGCCGGCAGCGACGAUGGACGCAUCUCGGACAUUUCGGUGCAGAAUACACAGGAGUAUCUGGCACGCCUGGGCAUUGUCGAUCACGAUCCGAGCGGCGGCGGCGGCACUGGCGGUGCCUCCAGCAUGGCCGGCUCCAGUCAUCCGAUGCCCAUGGCCAUGCCCAUGCCCACGCUGCACAUGUUCGAUGCGGACGAGACGGCGCGCUCGGACAUCACGAAUCUGAUCUACGCCAAGCUGAACGAUGUGGCCGGCGGCGCCGGCUCCGAGCGUGGCAGCAGCGCCGACGACGCGGCCACCACAGCGGGCAGCAUCGGCACCGUCGGACACGGACAUGGACACGGCGUGAUGGCCAGCUACGGCGAGGUUCCUGUCCCUGUGCCCGUUGUGGUCGGGGGCAGCAAUGUGGGCGGUUCGCUCAGCUCGAUUGUGCACAGCGAGGAGGAGCUGACGGGCAGCUACAACUGGGACUAUCUGCUCGACUGGGGGCCGCAGUAUCAGCCGCUGGCGCACGUCUUCUCCGAGAUCGCAAGACUGAAGGACGACACGAUGUCGGAGCAUAGCGGUCACAGCGGCAGCGGCGCCUCGUCCAGCGCCAAGAGCAAGCAAUCGCUGGCCCACUCCUCGCUCUCCUCGACCGGCGCCGGCAGCGUGGUGCUGAAGGCGCCGCCUGCGCACAUCCCCCCACCUCUGCUGACUAAUGUGGCGCCGCGCGCCAUCAAUCUGCCCGCGCUGGGCAAUGCGGUGGGUGGGUUGCGUCUGCCGCCGCAUCUCAGCAUGUCCGGGCUGCCGCGUUCCCCAAUCGGGCACGAGGCCAGCGGCGGCUUCAGCACCUCCUCGGCUAUGUCGCCGUCGUUUUCGCCUUCGCUGUCGCCGCUGGCGACGCGCUCGCCGUCGAUAUCGCCGCUGGGCGGGCCGGCCACCCACAUGUCGCAUGUCUCGCUGCCGCGCCACGCCCCACAGCCCAGCCAGCGCGCCAAUGUGGGCACACGCAUGUGAACCAGGAACCAGAAAGCAGGAACCAGGAACUGAAGCCGCAAUUCCCCCCAAAAUCUGUGUGAUCACCAUUUAGAGUUUAGCAUAGCGUACUUAGUUCUAGUUAGUGCCAGAGACUUGAAUUUGAAUGGAGCGCAGCUGCACAUGCAUAGUAUUACUUGCACCACACAAUAAGACACCACCCUCACACACACACACACACCCACAUACACACAAAUACAUACAUGCACAUACGCACACUAACAUACUUAUAAACAUGCCUACACAACAGAGUCUCAGCAACACUUUAUACUCCCUUUUAAAUAUUCCUCAUC